AUGUUGUGUGCUACCUUGAAAUUCUAACGAAGUUUCUAUUUCAUUUUUAUGCGUAAAAAACAUAUUACGUCGCAAUAUGUAUGGUAUUUUAACCUAAGUGCAUGAUGAAGGCCAAGUAUUUAAUAUUGCUUAGUUUAUUGGCCUUGUCAAUUCAGUCUGCCUCCGGUGAAUUUAUGACUGCAGGGGUUGUGGCUGUGGGUUCAGCUAUCACAGCAGGCUUUUUUGCUGGGUUUAAUGUGAUCAACUGUAUUUUCAGUGAAUGCUGUGAUGACAAAUGGAUCUCUACAAAUUUUACUGACCUGUCACUUACUAUGAGGUCAAAAUUAUACGGCCAGCAUCUUGUCACAGAGCCUGUUGUCAAACAUCUUAAAGGUCAUGCCAGGGAGAAUCCUAGCAAAGCCCUUGCACUGUCAUUUCAUGGCUUAACAGGCACCGGGAAGAACUAUGUCUCCCGUAUUGUGGCAGAGAAAAUGUUCCGUAAAGGAAUGAAGAGUAAAUAUGUUCACCUGAUAUCAGCCACAAAGGAGUUCCCUCACUCAGAGAUGAUAUCAUUUUAUAAGGACAAGUUACGAGACAUCAUAGAACGAGCGGUAAAGGAAUGCCCUCGUUCCUUGAUUGUCAUUGAUGAGAUGGACAAAAUGCCCCCAGGAGUGAUUGACACCAUCAAACCAUACCUGGAUUUCUAUGAAGAGCUUGGUGGUGUGGACUACAGAAAAUCUACAUUCUUUUUCCUCAGCAACACAGCGGGUACAGAUAUAGCGGAGAGGACCAUCAAGUACUGGUCAGAGGGUAUACCCAGAGAGAAUAUCAGGCUGAAAGAAAUGGAGGAGGUCAUAAGGCUCCCUGCCCUUAAUGUGAAAGAAAGUGGAUUAUGGCAUAGUGAGCUCAUCACGAAAAACCUCAUUUCAUCCUAUAUACCAUUCUUGCCUCUGGAACGCAAACAUGUGAAACAGUGCAUUCGAGAUGGACUCGUGCAGAGAGGGUUCUACUCCACCGAAUCGGUCAUUCCUGAUUCCAAAGUCCAGGAGAUUGCAGAUGAGCUGCAGUACUACCCACAAGAUCUAAAUGUUUUCUCAUCCACGGGAUGUAAACGGAUUCUUGAAAAGAUUGACUUUGUCAUGGAACAAAUCUAACUGUAACUGGACUACAAUGUACAUGGUUUUAAACAAAGUGAGUGUGGUAGUAAACAAAACACUUCAUAUUGACAGUCUCAGAAAGUUUGGAGCUUUGUUGUCUGAGACUCCUAGUUAAUGGGAAGAAAGGCUGUUAAAUAUGACACAUUGUGCUAUAAUAUAUGUAUAGUAGUGUUCAGGCUAAUGCCUCUGCCAAUGGCAGAACUCGAGCAUGCUGUCUCUAUGACAGCUCUUGUUAGUAUAAAAACUGUGCUCAUGUUUGAACAGAUUAUAGCAUAUUUUAGUGCAAUAAAUUAUAUUGUGUGUGAA